GUUUGUUCGGGCACCACCUGAAACUAAGCUCUCAAACCUUCUUUUUUUCAAAAAACAAAUAUUCAAACCAGACGCUUGUAAACAACCAUAUCACCCACUGUCCAAUCUUGGAAUUUAAUGUCUUUUAGAUUCAGAGAAAACCCCUUUCUUUCCUUUAACUAAAAGUCUAUCUUUCCUCAAUAACAAGAAUAACUUCCUGAUCGGCUAUGUCUGUGGCUUGAAGAAUCAUUUUCCUUUCAAGAAUCAAAUAUGGUGCAAAGAAAGGUUCUUGGUCAGCUUGGUUUCCAAGCUGAUCAUCACAUAGUAAAGGUUCCCAACCUAGAAGCAUCUUAUUUGCAGAAACACCAAGAUGGGAAGAACAGCAGAGGAACAGACCUGAAGAAGAAGAUGAUGAAGAAGAAAUCUGGCAAAAUAAAGCAUCCUGAGUUUGAAAACAGCCGGGCCCGCCCAAGAAAACCGCCAAACAGUCCAAAUAAGGCUUCUUCUCCAUCAAACUCGACCCCAAAUUAUAUGAAAUCUACCAGCAGUUCAGAUGCAAGAAAAGAAAAGUCUGUUGUAAGUUCCAGAACCUCCCAAUCUGUUUCUUCUUCUAAUUCCAAGACCCUUUCAAUAACUACUUCAGCUAGUAGUAGUAGUAGUACAAGUUUGAAACAUGUAAAAAAAUCUCCUAGUUUUAAGCCUGCAAGAGUUUGUUCUUCCAAGAAAUGUUCCCAGAGAGCUACUUGCUCUUCAACUUUGAAGGACUCAAAAUUUCCGUGUUACCUGGAACUUAAUCCUGGUGGUAUUACUUCUGCCAUGAAGGUCUGCCCUUAUACUUACUGCUCUCUUAACGGCCAUCAUCACCUUCAAUUUCCCCCAUUGAAGAGCUUCUUGUCUGCAAGGAGACGGUCAUUGAAAACACAGAGGAGCUUGAAAAUAGGGUGUCUAUCUCCCAGUCCAGCAAGGCCUACCGGAUUGAGCCUUGACGGAGAUGGUCCAGAUCAGAAACAAGAGACUGAAGAGAGCUUGGACUUUACCAUUGAAAUAUACUGCAAAGAAAGGGAAGAAACGGAACAGAAUCAUGCCCCCACAAGUUCACUUCAUGAAGAGGUACAGGAGAACAAAGAUCCGUUCCCUGUAAGAGAUUAUUCAGGUGCAGAAGAAUCAGAUAUGGACUGGGAGGGCAUUGUAGGUUCAUUAAAUCAUAAUGAAGAACCUGAUUGUGAGGAACACUGUUCGGAUAUGAAAUCCAGCGAAGUUGUCCUGGAUGAGUCCAGCUCUGAUGAAAUUGUUGCAGAAAACAUGGUGCAAGAAUCAUUUGAUGAUACAGGAAGCAUAAAAUCUGGAGCAUGUUUAAGUGAUGAAGAAACAGAUUCCCCCAUUUCUUGUCCAGGGCCUGUUUUCAAUAUCUGUGAUCAUCAACCAGACACUCACAGUGGUAAUGAUGAUGAUGAUGAGAAUGAAACCACUCAAAAACACCACCAUAUUUCUGAUAAGCUAACAGAAGAGGAGGAAAUCCAUUCAGUUUUUCAUGAGAAAAGCAUUAUUCUCCAAGAAGAUGAUGAGAUUCCAGUUCAAGAAUAUCAUCAAGAAUCUACUGAUUUGGAUGAAAAUAAUACUAUGCCUAAUAUGUGUGGUGAUAUUGCUACUAUGGAUGGGGUAUUUGGUGAAAAAAAUCCAACACAUUCUGUAAAUAAAAACAAUGGCGACAUAUACUUAGAAAAACCGGGUAGUGAAUCAGAAGAAGCCUCUCAAGGGGGACUGAUUGAAACCAGUGAAGAUGGAAGCCUGAAGCCUCAAGAGAAAGGUUGUGAUCAAGAGACUUACAGUGUGGAGAAGGAACUGUCUUCUAAUGUAGAAACACAGAAGAUAGCAAAAGUAACUGAAAACCAAAAUGCAGAUAUUGAAGUUCUUCCCAGCUUGAGAAAAACAUCUAGACACCACAACAGGCUGAUUCAAGAGGAGGAAGAAAUGAGAGAUUUUAAUCCACGGGGACCAAAUUUUCUUCCAUUGAAGCCUGAUCCAGAAGCAGAAAGAGUUGAUCUCAAGCAUCAAAUGAUCGAGGAAAGAAAGAAUGCAGAGGAAUGGAUGAUUGAUUAUGCACUCCAACAAGCAGUGAGCAAGCUUGCUCCUGCACGCAGAAAGAAGGUGGCAUUCCUAGUUGAAGCUUUCGAAACAGUGUCACCAAUUCCCAAAUGUGAACCUCACCUUAGGCGAGGAACGAAACUAUUCCCUCCCAGAAGAUACAUCCAGGCUUGCAAUUGAUGAAAAAUAAAAUCUCAGACAAAGAACGAUCUCCAUGUCAUGGUGAGGGGGGAGCCAGUGAAGAAUGCUCAUUCACAAAUAUGCAACCUUGCUCCCAACAUAUGGAGGAAAGCACAGGAAUUAGAAAGCUGCAUUCAGAGAUUCUAUGAUGUGUAACAACUGAAAGCAACUAACUGUGUUCUAAUUUCUUACAUUACUUGAUGCAGAGUGGGAAUAUAAAACAAUAAUACAAUAUUCCCUCAGUUUAUUGUGUAAUUUCUGGAUUGUGUGGAACUUUAAGCUAAUGAUAUAAUGAGAUCUGUUAUAACCGGUAGUGGUAGUAUAUCAUUA